CCCGGCUUCCAUAGCGGGAAAAUGUUAAUUUUAGCGUCGGGCUGAAUUUAGGCAGCUUCGGAGAGGCACUGCCUGUGUUCAGCAUCCGAAUUUAAAGUGGGUCAUUCAUUGCUGAGGUGCAGCGUUUUUGAUCUGUGUUGAGGUUGUCGCCGGUACGUCUGCAGGGAGAGCUGGUUAAACCCUCAGCAUUUGGUCUCCAGCAGCAGUUCAAGUUACUCAUUGAUGGAGUGCUAACACUCAGCAGUUCCCAAUUCGCUGUAGUCAGGUAAAUUCUUCCUGUAUGGAUCAGCUUUCUAGUGAUGGUGAAACUGGGAGAAGACCACUCUAAGCAAACGCAGGAUGAAUCGGGUCCCAGCUGAUACAGAAAAUGCUCACAGUAGCAGUGUGGAAUCUUGUCCUUCCUUGCGGGAUGUCCACUCCAUCAACCCAACGCAGCUGAUGGCAAGGAUUGAGUCAUAUGAAGGCAGGGAGAAGAAAGGCAUAUCAGAUGUCAGAAGGACUUUCUGUUUGUUUGUUACAUUUGAUCUUUUAUUCAUAACCUUACUGUGGAUAAUAGAAUUAAAUGUAAAAGGAGGCAUUGAGACUACCUUAGAGAAAGAAGUUCUACAUUAUGACUACUCUUCAUCAUAUUUUGAUAUAUUUCUACUGGCAGUCUUUCGGUUUAAGGUGUUAAUACUUGCAUAUGCAAUGUGCAGACUGCGCCAUUGGUGGGCAAUAGCUUUUACAACAGCAGUGACCAGUGCCUUUUUAUUAGCAAAAGUAAUUAUUUCACAGCUGUUCUCACAGGGUGCUUUUGGCUAUGUGCUGCCCAUCAUAUCCUUCAUACUUGCCUGGAUUGAAACUUGGUUCCUGGACUUUAAAGUGUUACCACAAGAAGCUGAAGAAGAAAAUAGAUUUUUGAUAGCACAGGAUGCUUCAGAACGAGCAGCUCUUCUUCACCCAGGAGUCCUCUCUGAUGGGCAGUUCUAUUCUCCUCCUGAGUCUGUAGCAGGUUCUGAUGAAGAUUCUGAAGAAAAGCAAGACAGUGAAAAGCCAAUUGUAUAGCAAAUAAGAAAAAGCAGAAAGAAAAUCUGCAGAAAGUUGCAGUGUGGAAACUGGCAACAGAGUCUGUGGCUGACUUGCUGGUAGAGCUGCUGACAGGAGUAUAUACUUGUUAGAAAGUAAAGGGAAUGGUUCCCAUGUACUGUAAUACCUCAUGAAGAUGUACCUUGUUGACAUAUGUAUAUUAGGUUGCCUCCCAGGUGGUAUGAAAGUAUUUGUCCACAAUGUAUUUUAUUAUUCAGUGAUUCCUGAAGUUGAUCUUCUAAUGACUAGGUAAUUACUGCAAAGUGUUGUCUUGUGUACCUAAUCAAGAGACUGGUAAUAUAAUGAAGUAAAACUU